GCGCGUGCACCGAAGUAGUUCUCAAUCUGAGGUCUUCGAUGGUCAUCAUCGCUCUCGCGCUAGCGGUGCUACUGGCUCUUAAAGCGGCUGCGUCGCAUGCACCGAGCCCCGGAUACCUGCUGCUCCCUCCGCUCCGCCUCUUCUCAGCAGCCCAUCGCGGCUGCAGCAACCCGACAUCCAGGUCCUAAUCACCGCACCAUCAGCGCUGACUGGCCGCUGGCACUGGGUUAAAUGUUGGGAGAAAAGGCUCACGGUGUCACUUUGAAAGUUAUGGAAUACACAUAUGACGAGGACCUGGAAGAGCUGUGUCCUGUGUGCGGGGACAAAGUGUCCGGAUACCACUACGGUCUGCUCACCUGCGAGAGCUGCAAGGGCUUCUUCAAGAGGACGGUGCAGAACAACAAGAGGUACACGUGUGCAGAGAACCAGGAGUGUAAAAUAGACAAAACCCAGAGGAAGAGAUGUCCUUUCUGUCGCUUCCAGAAGUGCCUCAAUGUGGGGAUGCGGCUAGAAGCGGUGCGCGCAGACCGCAUGCGUGGGGGGAGGAAUAAAUUUGGCCCCAUGUACAAGAGAGACAGGGCCUUGAAGCAGCAGAAGAAGGCUUUGAUUCGAUCCAACGGGUUCAAGCUGGAGAGCGCUGCUCCUCCGCCGGCCUCCCCUCUGCACAGUGACUACGGAUUCAGCCUGCCCACCAUCUCCAAAAGCCUGCUGCCCUCCACCCCGAGCUCCGUCACCCCCACAGAGUACGAGGCUAACCUCUACGGGACCCCAUCCCUGGGCAUGGCCAUGCAGCCCCACGUGCCCCUCGCCUCUCAGUACCAGUACGCGUCCUUCCCCGGCAGGGCGAUAAAAGCCGAAUGUCCCGACUACACCAGCUCCCCCGAGUCCCUGAGCGGAUACGCCUACCCAGACAUGUACCCCUCGGCCUCGCCGCAGCCGCCCGGCCUCCCGCCGCUGGUGCUGGAGCUGCUGCGGUGUGACCCGGACGAGCUGGUGGUGCAGAGUAAGAUCGUGGCUCACCUGCAGCAGGAGCAGAGCGGCCGGGGCCGGCUGGACAAGCCCAGCACCUUCAGCCUGAUGUGUCGCAUGGCGGACCAGACUCUAUUCUCCAUAGUGGAGUGGGCUCGCAGCUGUAUCUUCUUCAAGGAGCUCAGGGUGGGAGAUCAAAUGAAGCUGCUCCAUAACUGCUGGUCUGAACUUCUGGUCCUGGAUCACAUCUUCAGACAAGUGCAGCAUGGACAGGAAGACAGCUUCCUGCUGGUGACCGGCCAGGAGGUGGAGCUCUCGUUCAUCCUGUCCCAAGCCGAGGCGGCUCUGUCCAGUCUGGUCCAGAGGGGGCAGGAGCUGGCGGCGAGGCUGCGGGCGCUGCAGUUGGACCGCAGAGAGAUCGCCUGUCUGAAAUUCCUCCUCCUGUUCAACCCCAAUGUGAAGCUGCUGGAGGACCAGGCCUUCGUGGAGGGCGUCCAGGAGCAGGUGAACGGGGCUCUGCUGGAGUACACUCUGUCCACCUACCCUCAGUUCCAGGAGAAGUUCAGCCAGCUGGUUGUGCGGCUGCCGGAGCUCCGCUCCCUCAGCACGCAGGCAGAGGACUACCUGUGCUACAUGCAUCUGAGCGGAGAGGUGCCCUGCAACAACCUGCUCAUUGAGAUGCUGCACGCCAAGCGAGCUUGCGUGUGAGGCACACACACAGGUGGAACCCCGUCAUGUGUGUGGGACGAUAGAAAGGUUCAUAUGAGGUCAUCUUCUGAGGGCUGCCGUUUGGUUAGAAGAGGAGAACAUGUUUUUUAGAGUUUGGAAUUAUAAAUGUCCAUCUGUACUCAAAGGUAGUUACAUUUUGAAUGUUAAUGCUUUCCUAUCCUGCAGGGCUACAUUAAUGUGACCUUUAUAAACUGGAUUUUCUACCUUGUUUUCAUAAAUCUAAAAUUAGAGCUGACUGUAAAGUUACCUUAUGUCAUCUUUGAAUCCGACAUCACGAGAUAUUUUCUACGUCCCACAGAGCUGCCAAGCAAUCAUUUAGACCCACAGAAAUCUUGUGACUGAGGUAUCUCGUCCAUAGCUGCAACAUCAUUGGUCAUUUCUGAAACAUCCAUCCAUGAAUAUUGUUCUGACAUGACUGGAAUACUGUUUCAAACACCACUUUAGAAGUAAUUUGUGUAUCAAGUGCUGGCCUCAUGCCUCAUUACAAAACGGGACUAUGUGUGUGGCCACACCGAUUGAAUACUCGCUGGUUGAGCUGACCAACACUGUUCAUCGAUUGUUGUUUUCUUUCGAUGAAGGUUGCCAAACACAACACAAUGUGUAGACCAGCACUGCCUGUAAUUCCAAAACAUAUGAAAACUCUUAUCAGGUUAAAUAUAUUUAAAUUUUAAAUAAUAUUUAGAUGUGUUAAUAUAUUGAUAUAUAGAAGUCAGACAUAUUAAGAAAAUCACAUUGUUUUGUUGCUGAUCAUGCAUCAAGAGAGAAAAAGUUUUAUUUGAAAGAUGGAAACAGACAAUGAAAAGGGGAGAAAUAAAAAAUAAAUUGUACACACCAACCAGUUAUGGAUGAAAACAUGAAAAAGAGGUAGCCAGGCCCGAGGAACAGAAAGAGAGAUGAAACAGGACAACCGUAUGUUCGGUUUCCACCGAGGACUCAGACACCACACAGGGGGGGAACGAUGCAUCGAGGUUUUGGUUUAAACGUUUAUUUGUAAAAUCUGAUUUGUUUUUGCCUCCAAAAAGGAAAACGUCAGUAGUGUCACCUUUCAACACACUGUACAGUAGGAUCUCACCAUGUACGGUGAGAAGAAUGUUUCCCACUGAAGCUGCUUCAGAGAUCGUUUUUAGUAGACUACCCAUGAUGAAGAUGACUUUCCAAACUUCUGCAUUCUGUAAAUAAUAUUAUUGCUUUUUUUGUUCUUUAAUCGUCAAAACCCACGACCAAAACCACCAACGUGCCAUUACCUUCUUUCCAGCCCCAUCUGCGUCACCGUCUCAGAACCAUUGAAACGCUGCAUUAGUCAAUGAUUUUGGUGCAGUUGUAUAUGAAAAUUGCAUUUUGUCACUGCCAAUAUUUGUUAUGACAAUCACCAAGGUUUAAAAGAAAGCCGAUUCGUUCCCCCUCAGUAUUGUGCUGUUAGGACGCUCGCACUUCCUGCUUCAUGUUCAUCUCAACACAAGGUGAAACACAGUCUCCUUCACUCCUGAUACACAUUGUAAAUACAAACCAGUGGGUUAUGUAUCUUGCUGUGCGUCUGCCACUGUAACACACUGGCUGAGUGUCCCGUAGUCUGUCCCCAAAGACACUUAACUGUUUCCCUACAAAACGACCAGGUUAGGUGUUCAUCCAAACAUACAGAGUCUGUCCGGUGGGCAUUUGGCCAGUACCAAGAUCAGCAACAUGAACAUUACCCAUUCAAGCCUUGUUUGAUGGCUGGUCAGGUUUUUUUUUUACAGUUCCAUCCACCGUCCACCCCCCCCUCAGAAUUGCUUUAAUUAACCCAUCUCUUGCUUGGAGUUUCAUUUUUAAAGGAUGUAAAAAAAUCAAAGAGCACACCAUCAAAGCAAUUUUUUAAAUUUAGAGUUCCUUUAUUAUUUGACCAAAGUAAUCCCCAUUGAAAUGAUUAAUUAAAUGAAGCUUGUGUUAUUGCAGAAUUCAGUUCUCAGGUCGAUGGGUGUAAACGUCAUGGGUCAGUAAUACUCCCCACUGAUGGGAAUGUCUGACAUAUUCCUGUAUAUUUUAUAUAUUUUUAAGAAGAUAGUGAGUCACACAUUGGGCCUACCGGCCACAUACACAGUGUUGAAAACCAUAACACUGUACUGUGUUUGUAGCAGUUAGUGAUUCAUCUCUGAACUCCCAGAUGUUUGUAAGGUGACACAUCCUAUUUCAAAGCACAUGACUCUCAGCGAUGUUAUAACAGAGCGUCAAACUAAAACGCAGUCCAAGCAGUGUGCGUAAUAUUGUGCUGCUCAACUUUCUUACUGUGGCGAUUUAAAAUCAUUCCUCGUCCAUCCUUUUCAAGGUAUCGUAGACAAUCACUCCGUCUGCCUUAACUUAAUGUCUGAAAAAUGCACACACCCCUUGGUAUUCCAGUCGAGAUAGCUGUGUGUUCACUCUGUACAGUGUAUUUAUGUUGUGAAGUGACUAUCGAAUGCAAGAUGAAGAUACAUUUCAACGCAAAAAGUUCUCUGCUUUAUGUCGAGGUCAAAUUGCUACUGUUGUGGAACUGAUUCUAUUGAUAUUGCCUUUGUUUUUGCUAUUUGUUCACGUUUUAUUUUCCUGUGAGUCCCGUCUUAAACCGAAGUUUUUCUCUCUUAAAAGACAAAGUGACCAACACUUUUUUUCUUUCAAUAUAUUUUAUUGUAAUAGCAUCAAACCAAUAAAUUUCAGUGAAGUAAAGCUC